CCAUUAUUAAAAGACACUAAUCUUAAACCAAUUGAGCUGCGUUGAGAUAAUUGAAGAACCAAAUGGCUAUGCCUUCUUCAAUAGAAUCUCAGCAACAGGAAGUAAGUGGUGAAAAUGACAAUGAAACUUAUUCUUUUGCUUCCCAACUUGUGAUGGGAACAUUCCUCCCUAUGGCCUUGCAAACAGCAUGCGAGCUUGGGAUAUUGGAGAUAAUUGCAAAAGCAGGUCCAGGUGCCAAACUCUCCGCCACCGAUAUUGCAGCACAACUGCCUAGCAAGAACCAGGGUGCACCAAUCAUGGUGGACCGUAUUGCCAGACUUUUGGCUAGCCACAACGUGCUGUGCUGCUCUGUGGUUGGUCUUGAGAGACACUACAGUUUAUCCCCAGUGUCUUACUACUUCAUCCCUAACGAAGAUGCUGUGUCGUUAGCUCCUGUCUUGGCCCUGAAUCAAGAUAUAGUCUCCUUGGUUAUCUGGUGUCAACUUAAAUAUGCGGUUUUAGAAGGAGGGAUCGCCUUCAACAGGGUGCAUGGAGCACAUGCCUUUGAGUACCCUGGAUUGGAUGAUAGGUUCAAUCAAGUUUUCAACACAGCCAUGUUGAAUUUAAGUACAAUGUUUACCAAAAAAUUGCUCCACUCUUAUGAUGGUUUUCAUGGCCUAAAGCAACUGGUAGAUGUGGGUGGUAACCUUGGUAUCACACUUCACUAUAUCACUUCCAAAUACCCUAACAUCAAUGGCAUUAAUUUCGACUUGCCUCAUGUUAUACAACAUGCCUCGUCCUAUCCCGGAAUUGAACAUGUUGCUGGUGAUAUGUUUGAAAACGUUCCACAAGGAGAUGCUAUUUUUUUGAAGUUGGUUCUCCAUGAUUGGAGCGAUGAGAAGUGUUUGAGAUUGUUGAAGAACUGCUACAAAGCCAUCCCGAACAAUGGCAGAGUCAUUGUUGUAGAUUCAGUAGUUCCUGUUAUGGCCGAGUCUACUCCUUCGGCAAAGGCCACUUUUCUACUCGAUAUGCUAAUGAUGACUCAAAACCCCGGUGGGAAAGAACGAACGAAAGAAGAGUUUGUCGCGUUGGCGACCGAAGCCGGGUUCAACAGCGUUAAGUUCGAGUGCUUUGUUUGUGACUGUUGGGUUAUGGAGUUCCACAAAUGAUAUGCCUUCAAAUCCCAAAAAUCGGGUUUGUCUAUGGUUGUUUAACUUGUAAGUUUAUCGUGCACAUUGAGUGUUUAUCAUUAUGUUCAUCGCUACCUCCUGUUAUGGAAGAUUAAAAUGAUUAAAUUGCUUUUGCCUUCAAAUUCAUUA